ACUUACCUUCGAAAAUUCUAUGCUGUGUCCAUCGGUCGCCGUGGAGACGGACCGCGGAGUUUUGUAUUUUCGGGGCGACCGAUGGAGCCUCGACUCGUGGGCCCCGGGCCCUACCGAGCAACUCGACUAUGGAAUGAAACUGUUGAACUCUUUCGAAAUGGAAUGCCUUUACGGAAACAUCGUUUUCACUUCAAAAGCUACGACUGUUGCUUCACAGCUUCCGAGGCUGUGGAGUGGUUGCACAAACUGCUAAGAUGCAACCAAAACUUUAGCCCAGAAGUAACUCGUGCUCAAACAGCUCAGCUUCUCAAAAAGUUCCUGAAGAAUCACGUUAUUGAAGAUAUCAAAGGAAGAUGGGGCAAGGAUGAUUUUGAGGAUAAUGGUAAAUUAUAUAGGUUUCCUCCUUUCUCACCAUUAAAACCGUACCCUAAACGAUCUCCUUACCGAAAAGAAAUAGUGAAAUUUCCAAACUGGGACGUUGAAAAAAUUACUUUCCAAGACCACGUCCCAGUGAAACCUAUCACAUUGAAUUCUGAAAUGUGGUUCAAACGUCACAGCAUUGCAAUUGGAGAAGUACCAACAUGCAAACUCAUCCAUCGUCGACAAUUAACAGAGACAAAUGUAGAAGAUAUAUGGAAAUCCAGGACUUUAUCAUACUUGCAAAAAACUUUAGGUUUGGAUUCUCUGAAUGAUAUUUUAGACACUAAACUUGUCAAUCCAAAGGACAUCAUUCAGAAUGUGUACAGUGUCAACAAACAAGGAACUGUCAUUUUAGAAGAUAAAUCAAAAGAGGUUCCUCACUGGGUUCUAUCAGCAAUGAAAUGCUUAGCAAACUGGCCCAGAUGUCCAGAUAUGAAACAGCCCACCUAUUCAGGUUUUGAAAGAGAUGUCUUUAGAACCAUAGCAGAUUAUUAUGCACACAUGAAGGAGCCUCUUCUCACUUUCCAGUUUUUUGAUGUCUUUGUCAGUGUGCUAGGAAUCUUGCAGGAAAAGAAGCUAGCUACUGAAGCCUUGCAGAUUUGUUGUCUUCUUCUGCCACCAGCAAAUCGGCGAAAGCUACAGUUGUUGAUGACAUUGAUGGCUAAGAUCCAGUCAAAUAAAGAUCUUCCACCUCUUUCAGAUACACUUGGAACAAGAGCAAUGAUGGUUCAAACCUUUUCUCACUGCAUUCUUUGCUCCAAGGAUGAAGUGGAUUUGGAUGAACUGUUAGCAGCUAAAUUGGUUUCAUUCAUGAUGGACAAUUAUCAUGAGAUCUUAAAUGUUCCUUCAGCCUUAAAAACUGCAGCUGAGGAAUAUAUAGCACAUCUCCAAAGAGUCCAGGUAAAAUAUCCAGACUCGGAUACAGAUGCUAUUUUGCCUGUGCCAUCAUUUGGUCAUCAAAUCAGCACUGAUGAGUUUGAACACCAAAAAACAAAUUGUCAUCAAGGGCCACUGGCAAAUUUGUUGGAAGAAAUCACAAUGAAUAUGGAAAUGUCCAUCAAAGAAAAGAAGAAAAAGUUGAAACAGUUUCAGAAAUCUUAUCCUGAUGUAUAUAAGGAACGCUUUCCUACUCCUGAAAGUGAAGCAGUUCUUUUUCCAGAGAAAAGUAAACAGAAACCACUGUUGAUGUGGGCAUUUAAAAGGCCUUUCCAGCCAUUUCAAAGAACAAGAAGCUUACGCAUGUGAGACUGUGAAUUAGAUGAAUGUCUGUAAUGGUCAGAAUUAAUCCUUUGGAGCAUCUGGAAUUCCACAUAGGUUCUGAAACAUGUUUAACAAAGGAGAAAAAUCAAGGCAGAAUACUGCUAACCUGAGCCAUUAUCACUAUUUGGGGGGAGAUGCCUUGGUGCUUUUCCAUUUUGUAUAUUUGUUUAAGUCGAGGCUGGGAAACAAUGAACGGGUUCAGAUGAUUGUAUCAUAGCACGUGAAAGACUAAACAGAAAGCAAAAGAAUUCAUUUGCUUACACCUGUAGCCUCAUUGUGCAAGUUGCAGUUAAACCAAGAAGUCUCUGAAAAUCCUUAUUUUUAAUAUCGUCCAAACUGAAUUGUUAGUAAACUAAUAUAAAAAACUUGGGAGAUAUUCUAGUAUUAUCCUAGUGAUUGGGCAACUGUGAUGGGUGAAACAUGUUGCUAUGGCUUGCUGAGUAAUCUAUACUGCUCACAAAAAUAAAGGGGACACAAACGUAUAGGAUCCUAUACAUUAGUGUUCCCUUUAUUUUUUUUUGAGCAGUAUAUAUUUAAAACACACAUUAGAGGAAUUUGUGAAUCCAGGAGCCAUCCCUAGAAAGAAGAUAAGUAAUAAAUUUCCAUUCCUUCUGUUGAGGUCUGAGGUUACAUGAGAUCCUGAGCAGUUGUGGAGAGGCACAGAACCUGGGCUGAGUUCACAGAAUGGAACUCUCUUAAAGAUAGUCCUUGACAUAUAACAACAAUUGAGCCCAAAAGAUAGUCCUUGACAUAUAACAACAAUUGAGCCCAACAUUUCCACUAAGCAAGACAAUUAUUAAGCACACUUUGCCCA